CCCCCGCGGAGAGCGGCGUGCCAUAGAGGCGGCGGGGCAGAGCGUCGCGCGCGCGCGGGGCAGGCCGGGAGCUCCUCUUCUUCCUCCUCCUCCUCCUUCCUCGGGCCGCCAUGUCCAUCGGGGUGCCGAUCAAGGUGCUGCACGAGGCCGAGGGGCACAUCGUCACCUGCGAGACCAACACGGGCGAGGUCUACCGCGGGAAGCUCAUCGAGGCCGAGGACAACAUGAACUGCCAGAUGUCCAACAUCACCGUGACCUACCGCGACGGGCGCGUGGCGCAGCUGGAGCAGGUCUACAUCCGCGGCAGCAAGAUCCGCUUCCUGAUCCUGCCCGACAUGCUGAAGAACGCGCCGAUGCUGAAGAGCAUGAAGAACAAGAACCAGGGCUCGGGCGCCGGGCGCGGCAAGGCCGCCAUCCUCAAGGCGCAGGUGGCUGCAAGAGGAAGGGGACGAGGAAUGGGACGUGGCAACAUUUUCCAGAAGCGGCGGUAACUUGGGAACAAACCCUGCUUUGCUGAAGACAAAAGUGUGCUGUUUGUAUUUGUGUGUACUUUAAUAAAUAUGUUUCUUACAAAAUAGGAAGAGAGCAUCUGCUGUGCGUUGUUGACUUAACUGUGUAUAAUGAUCACCUUAAAUGCCAGUUCCCAUACUGCUUGUAGUAGCUAUGGUACACGACUCAGGAGCUGUUUUUUAAAAAUAAAAACUGAAAUUAAUUAAACUAAAACCAGUCACCUGCCUUUUAGGUGAUAUUAAGAGGACGAUCUUUGAGGGUAGCUUUCCUAUAUGAAGUUUAAUAAACCAUUUGUUAGCAGUGGUUUUUAAUAAACCAUUUGUUAGCAUUAAAAGAAUGGCCAUGAGCUUUAAAAUGUCCGGUUUGAUUUUUAAAAUAAUUUAUUAUAUUUUCAAUUAAUCAGUAAACCCACAUCUCUGGG